AUGGAUCACAAGUUGAAAAGCAAAUGGGAAAGUAACAAGUUGAUGAUUUAUGAUGAGAAAGAAAUGUAUGGUUAUCAAGGAGUAGUUCCAUGGCCUCAAAGAAACUUUAUGUGCAACUUUUGCAACAAAGAAUACAAAUCUGCACAAGCUCUUGGUGGUCACAUGAAUGUCCAUAGGAGGGAUAGAGCAAGACUCAGACUCUCAUCACCUCCUUCUCUUGACCCUAACCCUAACCCUAAUUUCUACCCAUCAUCAUCACCUAUUCAUUACCUACCGUACAAGACCUACUACCAUUCCUCUCUUCUCUCCACUACUAACCCACAAGAUCAUGAUAAUCAAGAACCAUUUUCGUCUGCACGUGACUUUUUGGGAAAUUUGAGAAAGAAUGUAACCACCGAAGAUGGAGAUCAAGAAGAAAUUAGGGUUUCGAAGAAAGGAGAGAUCUUUAACACAAAAAUGGAGAUGGGUUUGCUUAAAGAUGGAAAGGAUUUGGAUUUGGAACUUCGACUAGGGAGAUCUUGA